AUGUUGUAUAGAUCCUGGACAUCAGCUCUAUUCUUUACGGCCAAUAAUCCGUCUGGAGAGAUUUUAAAACGACGGUGCUUGUUGCACAAUCUUGAAGCUUGGAUACCGUUAGUUUCAUGUGUUGAAGUUAUACAAGAUUACUUAACCAUGCAUACGGUUAAUAAUUCUAUUCUAAUGUUCUCACGAGUGAAUUCGUUCCUCAAAUGUAGCAACUAUGAUCGUGUAGCGUGCAAAGUCAAGGAUUUCAAGUGUUUUCACUCCUCAGUAUACCAAAAAAUCCCCUUUACAGCCUUACCUUUGGAGAAUAAGUGGCAUCAGAAACGCCACUCUUUUAAGACACGUCCGCCAAAUUUACCUAAAGAUCAAGUCAAGGAAAUUCUAACAAAUCUUAUAGGAGCUAAUAACAUUAAUAUUAACAAUCUGAAGGAACUACCAAGCUACGCUGAUCGAAAUUACUACUUUCAACUAGAUUAUCCUAUAAUAAGCCGCCAUUUUGGAAACUAUCAAGAUAGUUCCGUGCAUACUUAUAGUAAAAUGGCCAAAGAAAACCAGUCUUACGUUUUGAAGAUAUUAAGUUGUCCUGAUCAAGAAUCUUAUGAUUUACACCAUGCUCGACUUUGCGCUAUGAAGCAUCUUUACAACACUGGAAUUAAUUGUCCUAGUCCAAUAAAUCUAGCAAAUCAAAAGUGGAUAAAAACGGUCAAACUACCUCAACAGAAAUUAAAUGCUGGUAAUCAAAGUAUGGAUAAUUUCGAAGAACACAUUGCUUACCUUUUAACCUAUGUUGAUGGUCAGACUGUAGCAACAAUUCAGCCGAACGAAGACCUAUUAUACCAAAUAGGAGGGUAUGCAGGAUUGCUCGAUAAAAAUUUGCAGAAUUUUUCGGAUGACCGGCUAAAAGUAAAUCGAAGUAUUUGGUCAAUUCACAACUUUUUGGAAUUAAAACCCUAUAUCCAAUAUUGCCGAGAAGAUAAAAGAGACUUUAUGGAGCGAAUUUAUGAUCGCUGCGCUAGCUAUUUCCAAGUAAACAUGAAUAACCUACGUAUCAAUGUUAUUCAUAAUGAUCUUAACAUUGAUAAUAUUAUCAUUAAGCAAAAUAAUGGAGUAACUGGUUACAAAGUAGCAGGGAUUAUCGAUUUCGGAGAAGUUGAUUAUGCUUUUACAAUAAGCGAAUUGGCUAUCAUGGUUUAUUAUGCAAUGUGGAUAAUUAAUCAAGAUCCACUUACAGCAGCUGGUCACUUAAUUGCUGGUUUCAACUCUGUAUUUCCUUUAACAGAUAUCGAAUACAAGGGAUUGUAUACCAUGAUCUUAGCUAGACUAUUUCAAUCCAUAACUUUAGUAGAUUAUCAUAUUUCUUGCUUUCCAGAAAAUGAAUACCUAAAAGGGCACUAUGACAAGAAAUUAAAGAUUUAUGAUUUAUUAUCAUGUGCCUCAGAGCGAAAAGUUUACAAAAUAUGGGAUGAAAUAAUGAAAAUUCGCAAGAACUAG